CGGAACUCUGUCACGAAAGGUUGUGUCUGCCACGGCCACGGUCGCGAUAUCUCACAAAACAGAAGUUGUUGUGCUUUCACCGCCCGAUUGUUUGGACUACAGACAAAUCAUGCAUUUCUGCAAAAGUAUUGCUUCACUAUACGUGCUUUUAGUGCUGCUUGUCCUUGCGGCUGCGUAUCCUUCGAAAGAGAAGCUCAAGAUUCGAAUUCAUGUUCCAGUGAAACACCAUACGCAUGUCCACACAAAAACCGUGGUUAAAAAGGUGCCACUGCCCAUACCGGUACCCGUCAAGGAACACAAAGAACCAAAGGAACACAAGAAACAUCACUACGAAGAAGCUGAGGACGACUUCGAAGGCUACGAUUAUCCCAAGAAGAAGAGAAGAACAAGACAUCCGUUUGUAUAGGGACUGGUUGAGGAGACACCGAAGCAAAGCGAAGGAUCGUACUAGAAUGUAAAGUGCAAUAAACCCCCCCCCCCACACACACACACACAAACUCACAAAUCAAAGAAAACCAAUACAAACGUAUCUGUAUUUUUUAUGUAUCUGAAGAUAUAGGCUAAGGACUCGCAUUUAAGAUAACAACAAAAUAAAGAAAUGAAAGGACACUGAUGCGCCGCAUGCACGUGUGUGUGUGUGUGCAAUCAGCCAAUUCACGAAUAG